AUGACUUCACUUCGGGAGGUGCUUGAAAAAGCCAUCGUGAAGCACCGGGAGGUUGUAGCCUCUUUUCGCAAUCAACAUGGCUGUAAGAAAGUCGGUGAAAUCACUGUUGAUAUGAUGUAUGGUGGUAUGCGAGGUGUCAAGGGACUAGUAACGGAAACCUCUGUUCUCGAUCCAGAAGAGGGUAUACGAUUCCGUGGUUACACGAUUAGCGACUGCCGAGAACUGCUUCCAAAAGCACCAGAAGGUAAAGAGCCGCUUCCUGAGGGCGUCCUCUUCUUGCUGCUCACGGGUCAAAUUCCGUCCAAGGAACAGGUCGAUUCCGUUUCCCAAGAUUUAGUCGCCAGAGCUUCGUUACCAAGCUACGUUUUAAAAAUAAUGAAAAGCUUUCCCGCCACCCUGCAUCCUAUGAGUCAACUCGUGGCCGUAAUAGCUUCUCUUAAUUCUGAGUCGAAAUUUGUGGCUGGUUACAACAAGGGUAUCAGCAAAAACGCUUACUGGGAGUAUACCUAUGAGGACUCCAUGGACCUGAUAGCCAAGCUUCCUAUAGUGGCGGCGACCAUUUACAACAAUACCUUCCAUGGUGGGAAAAAAGUGAGAAACGUGGAUCCAAAUGCAGACUGGUCAAAGAAUUUUGCAUACAUGAUGGGCUUCGAAGAUCCUCUUUUUAUCGAGCUUCUUCGUCUAUAUUUGGCCAUUCAUUGUGAUCAUGAGGGUGGGAAUGUUAGCGCUCACACCUGUCAUUUAGUUGGAAGUGCUCUCUCUGAUCCUUAUCUUAGUUUUGCUGCGUCAAUGUGCGGUCUGGCUGGUCCGCUUCACGGAUUAGCGAAUCAGGAAGUUCUUGCAUGGAUUAUGGACCUUGUUAAGAGCAAGGGCAUAUCACCGUCAGAUGAGCAGGUGCUCCAGUUUGUCAAGGAAACGCUGGAAAGUGGAAGGGUUGUACCCGGUUUUGGCCACGCAGUCCUCCGUAAAACUGAUCCACGGUACAUGUGUCAACGAGAUUUUGCUCUGAGUCACAUGCCUGACGAUCCCUUCAUCAAAAUUGUUUCGCAAUGCUUCAAACUUAUACCACCUUAUCUUGACAGUCUUGGCAAAGUUAAAAAUCCAUGGCCUAACGUUGAUGCCCAUUCUGGUGUGCUUCUCCAGCACUUUGGAAUGAAGGAGAUGAAUUUCUAUACGGUUCUCUUUGGAGUGUCGCGAGCUCUCGGUGUGUGCUCGUCGCUCGUUUGGGAUCGGGCUCUGGGUCUGCCAAUCGAGCGGCCCAAGUCCAUGAGCACCGAUAGUCUGCGCACCCUCUUUGAAACUAUGUGA